AUGACACUAACCGCCAUCACCGAUCCACCACCGCUUUGUAGCCCAGCGUAUCUGGUGCCCUCCCUCAAAGUCGAGGUGGUUAGGUUGAUCUGCAAGCAACUCACGGAAUUGUCUAACCAACAAAAAACUUGGAGAAAUUUGGCAAUUUGUGCAGAGUACAAGUCACCUUCUGUACAGAUUUUUCCCCAUACAUGGAGUUCCGAAUAUCUUUGAGAUGAUAAACAGUUUUUGAGUGACCAUCCUGGUGCAGUUCCAAUAACUACAGCUCAGAACGUGCUCCAUUCUGAUGCAGCCAUUAAAGUGGUUCUUCAGGCACCAAAGCAAAAGAAGAAAAGAAGCGAAUGGGUCAGAAAGCGUGCUCCAUUCUGUAACUUUGUGCACAAGAUUUUUAGUAUGAAUCGAAUAGAAAAAUGGGAAGAAAGUUGACUUUUUAAUGGUGAAUGAUGAAGUGUUGAUCACCCUGGCCUUUAUAUAUAGUUUUUAAUGAAUUUGCCCACUUUUAUUGUAUUUUUGUGUUGUGUAAGUUGAUAUAUGUAAUUCUUUAACACCAAAUAGUUGAGACUUUGGGGACUAUCUGGAUAAUGUGUAAUAUGGUUUUAUGUUGAUUGUGGAAAGAUCUUUGAUUUUAAGAGGG